UAUAUAUAUAUAUAUAUAUAUAUGUAUAUAUAUAUUCUUUGAUUCUUGUGAAAACAAACUACUUGUAACUUCUGUGUCGAUCGACACCAAUUGACAUCAGGCAUUUCUGGUGAUGUAGGACCGGAGAGGAUACCGGCGACGACGACGGCGAGCUACGACUUCGAAACGAAAUCGAAAGGAGGUCGGCGAGAAGCAGCCGACAGCGUUCCGGUCUGAAGGUUCCGGCGAUAAACGCUGGACUAAAUUUGGUGUUGAUUUGAUGAAAUUACUUUAGGUUAAGAAUUCCAUCAGUGUUAGCUAAUGAUACAAAGAUGAGUCAUCGGCCGACUACGCGCAGCAAAAACAAAAGGCACAAGGUGGACGACAAUGCUCGAAACACUUCCCUAGUAUUUAGGAAAAUUCACUCAGUGGGUCAAGUGACUGUAGACGAUGUAAAUCAGCUGUACAUGAUUUGGAAGCCUGUUUGUCAAGGUUGUAGAGUGAAUACAAAAGACAACCCAAAUUGUUUUUGUGGAUUGGUUCCCCCUCUCAAUGGAGUUCGAAAAUCUGGCUUAUGGCAGAAGACAUCUGAGAUUAUUCUUUCACUUGGUCCGGACGUGUCCUCAGACCUUCGUUCUUCCACUAAUUCACCUGCGGGCCUCACAAAUCUAGGUGCAACAUGCUAUGCCAACAGCAUACUACAAUGCCUGUACAUGAACAAGUCAUUCAGAGAAGGUGUGUUCUCUGUUGAACCAGAGGUUCUGAAAGAACAACCAGUGUUGCAUCAGCUUGCACGGCUAUUUGCGCAGUUGCAUUCUAGUAAAAUGGCUUUUGUUGAUUCAGCUCCAUUUAUAAAAACUCUGGAGCUAGAUAAUGGUAUUCAGCAGGAUAGCCAUGAGUUCCUCACCUUGCUUUUCUCUUUGCUUGAGCGAUGUCUAAGCUGUUCUAAAGUUUCUAAAGCAAAAACAAUUAUCCAAGAUCUUUUCUGUGGAAAAGUGUCGCAUGUGACCACGUGCUCAAGAUGUGGAAAAGAUUCUGAAGCUUCCUCGAAAACGGAAGACUUUUAUGGGCUUGAGUUGAAUAUCAAGGGUUUGAAAAGUUUAGAUGACAGUUUAGAUGAUUACCUUAGUGUGGAAGAACUUCAAGGGGAUAACCAAUAUUAUUGUGAGUCAUGUGACAUUCGGGUUGAUGCUACCCGUAGCAUUAAGCUGCGUUCUCUGCCUGCUGUCCUUAAUUUUCAGCUCAAGCGAUGUGUUUUCGUUCCAAAGAGUACAACAAAGAAGAAAAUCACUUCUCCAUUCUGCUUUCCUGGAAAACUGGAUAUGAGGCACAGACUGUCUGAGCAUUCCGAAUCAGAUGUAAUAUAUGAUUUAUCAGCUGUGUUGAUUCAUAAGGGAACUGCUGUAAAUAGUGGCCAUUACAUAGCCCAUAUCAAGGAUGAGAAUACGGACCAAUGGUGGAAAUUUGAUGAUGAAUAUGUCUCAAACUUAGGUCAACACCCAUUUGGAGAAGGAGCUUCAAAUUCUGUUGCUAAACCUGUUCAAACUGAGGCAAUUGCCCGUUCAUCUUCCUCUGAACCAAUGGAUGCUGUUGUGAUUGAAAAUCAUGUAGAUGUUAGUCUAUCAAAAUCCUCAGAAGCUAAUGUUCUUAGUCAUGUAGAGACAUUUUCAUCUAGUGAUGCAUACAUGCUGAUGUAUGUGCUUAGGUGUUCAAAGAAUGAUGGUGAAAAACCACAUAUGGAGUCUGGUGGCAACAAUAUGGAGAAAAAAGGUGAUAUUGUUUCCCCACAAAGUGAUGUUUCUCUUCCUUCUCAUCUCUCUGAAGAGUUAAAACAAUUGAAUGCUUCAUAUCUUGAUGCUUGUCAACUAUACAAAACGAAAAAGGAAUCAGAGUUGAAUCGUAUAACAGAGCGGCGACAGGAAGUGCGAUCAGUUAUUUCUGAAGCCCCUGUUCAAUCACUUGGGGAGCCAUAUUAUUGGAUUUCUACUGACUGGCUUCGCCAAUGGGCUGACAGCAUAUCUCCAUCUAUUAUUGACAACACUCCUGUCCAAUGCUUGCAUGGGAAAGUUCCAGUUUCAAAGAUUGGUUCAAUGAAGCGAUUGUCGUCUAAAGCUUGGAACAUGUUAUUCUCUAAGUAUGAUGGGGGCCCGACAUUGGCCAUGGAUGACUACUGUGUUGAUUGCCUUCUCGAAGGGGCACAUACUAUGGUCUCUGCUGAUAGCUAUAAGGAUCGAAGAAAAUUGAUGGUAGAACUUGCUGUGGCUGUAGUUGCGGGGAAGUGUCUAGAUGGAACGUUGUAUUAUGUAUCUAAGACAUGGUUGCAUCAGUGGCUACGAAGAAAAAACACAGACUCUCCAUGUGAAGCUGAUGCGGGACCAACAGCUUCAAUUAGGUGUCCCCAUGGCGAACUUUUGCCUGAGGAAGCUAUGGGUGCUAGGCGUUUGCUGGUUCCUGAGAGUCUCUGGCUUUUUAUUUACGAAAUUGCUAAUGAAGUAAAGCCUGAUGAUCUUUUGGGGUGUUCAACUUUCCGUUCAGACUCUGAGACAUGCGUUCAAUGCACUGUGGAGCUCACUGAAGUUGCAUGCAAUGACUAUAAUAUAAGAGAACUCAAGUUAAAACAACGCCAGAAUCAUGAGAAAUUAGCUGCUGGAAAAAGUAUAGCACUUUAUCCCCAUUGCAAAUACUUCUUGUUGCCCUCUUCAUGGUUGUCAACAUGGAGAACCUACAUCAAUGCAAGUGGAAGGAACUCUUCUUUGUGUGUUGAACCUGAAUCUUUGAAUGGUGUCAUUGAUUUGCUGAAAUGUGAAAAACAUUCAAAACUUGUUGAAAGGCCUCCUGACUUGAUCUGGAAACGUAAUAUGAUUCUCCAAAGAUCAUCCACUAUAGAUGCAUUAACAAUCAUUACUGAGAAUGACUGGGAGUUAUUUUGUAAAGAUUGGGGUGGUACAGAGGAGAAAGGCGUAUCUGCUGAAAUUGAGUUUGGUGUUUCAGAUAAUUUAGUGGGGUCAUGUGAGAAGAAGGCAAUUUCUGUGGAGAAUCUGAAUUCUCAUGAUGAAGAGAAUGGUGAGGUGGAGACUAGACGGCCCUUGUUUAAGACUUUUCCAGAGAUUUGCGAGGAUUGCAUUGGAGAAAGAGAGAGCAGUGAAUUGAUGAGGAAACUUAACUACUGCAACGAGGAUAUAUUCAUAUUAUUUGUCCGUGGCAAGGAACCUCCAAGAUCAGUUAUAGAAGGAUGCCGAAUCUCCAAGCGUUCUCGGAAGACUUCUUUUGGUGACUCAAUAAAUUUGAACGUUUCUGGGUCCACAUCAAUAUACCAAUUGAAAAUGAUGAUAUGGGAAUCAUUUGGGGUUGUCAAAGAAAACCAGAUACUUCACAAGGGUUCCAGCAUAAUUGAAGGGGAAUCUGCUACUCUUGCCGACAUGAAUAUAUUCCCUGGAGAUACUUUGUGGGUGACUGAUUCAGAGAUCCAUGAGAAUCGUGAUAUUGCAGAGGAGCUUUCUGACCAGAAGAUGGAGGUGCAGCAGGCUGAGGAAGGGUUUCGUGGAACACUUUUGACAUCAAAUAUAUCAUCCCAGAUUAUUUCUGACGAAUGUUAUCGCUAAUAGUUGUCUGCCUAUAAAGCUCAACUCUUCUUUUGAUAUCGAUACUUGGUGAGGAAUCUACUGAAAGCUUCAACCUGUUUUUGGGAGGAUGCUGGUGCAUAAUGUGAAUGUAGACCUUGCUUGUACAAAGGCUGGCGACUGCCUCGGAAGGAAACAGCAUAAAUUGUUGCAGGUCCAACUGUGUAAAACAUUUUAGUUUUGUGUAUAUCCGUUGUGGGUAUAAUAUCAUACUCAUGUGGAUGAUGUAUUCUUCAUCGGUCUUAUCAUCUGCAUCUUGAUCGUGUUUUACAGUGGUAGGGAAAGGCAACCUUGUUAGUUCUCAAGUCAGUGACAUUUUUGGACAUUGUCACAGACAGCACUCAAGCAGGCAGUUGCCUUCUUGUUCGAUUAGGAAGUAUGCUGAAUCGGCAUUUUCUGAGUACUGUACAUGCAAGUAAUGCUUCCUAUGUGUUGGAUUAGUUUUGCUAAACGAGUCUCGAUGUACAUUUGUUAACAUUUUCUUUUGUGUAUUUUCUGAGUACAUAUUAUAGUAUGUACACUUUUUUGGGGUUGCAGAA